UUUUUUUUGGUAUUUUUCGCAAUACCACGCGUUGGGCACACUUAAACAGCUACAAUUUCGGCAAACAAAUAACAUUUUAUUACAAACGUUCAUUAUAAAGGAAUCUGGCUAAUACAUUGCCUCAUCAUGCGAUUUCAGCGUCAGUGCAUUGUGGUCAACAUGCGAUCAGCCAUAGCACUGAUCCUAAUCUUCGUCCUGACCGGGAUCAGGAAUAGUGAAACCGCCAGCGGUGGAAACCAGAUGGAUCUCACAGAUGCGAAAUCCGAUCACAAGGACAACAGCAACGCUAGCAACAAUGGAAAUGGCCACGGCAACGGGAACAGCAACGACAACGAGGUCUACGUGCCGUCAAUGGGCUCAAAUAUGGUCUCCAAAAACGGCGGCGGAGUUUUAGAUAACAUAACCACGUACAGCAGCUCGAACUCGGUUAACAAUAACAACAUGCUCUGCCCAUUCGAUAAGGACACGCCUUGCGAGACGCUGCAGUUUCCGUGCAUCCGGUGCGCCUACAACUACGGCUGCCUGUACGGCCGAGAUGUGAAUGUGACGUGCGAGAUCAUAGGGAAUGUGCAGUGCCAGGGCGAGCGGAGCUUUCAGCGGAAAAUGAACUGUCGGUACUGCUAUCAAACGGAGCUAUGGCAACAGAACUGCGUCCAGCGGGCCCAUUGCAACUCUGCUGCAGGCAAAUACUAUCGGACGAACUGCACUGUCCACCAGGACGUCCUGUGCCUGGGCAACCGCUCCUUUACGCGAAACCUGCGCUGCAAUUGGACGCAAGGCUAUCGCUGGAGCACCGCCCUCUUGAUCAGCCUAACUUUGGGAGGAUUCGGAGCCGACAGAUUCUAUCUGGGUCACUGGCAGGAGGGCAUUGGAAAGCUAUUCAGCUUCGGCGGCCUCGGCGUUUGGACCAUCAUCGAUGUGCUGCUUAUCUCUAUGCAUUAUCUCGGUCCGGCAGAUGGGUCGCUGUACAUUUAGUUUAACCGCGUUGGGUUGGUGGAGGAGGAU